AUGUCAUGUCAUUCUGCUGCAAAUACUAGUACAAAACAAUACAUACACUCCACAGAUUCGCCUAUGUAUUCCUCUCUUCUACAAUCUUUUCAACAGAAUCCAAGAUGGGUGAACUCGAGAACUCAAAAACCUUUGUUUAUGGUUGCUCCAACAAAUGAAAGUGAAAUUCAAGCAGCUGUUAUUUGUAGCAAGGCAAAUGGCUUGCAAAUAAGAGUUGUAAGUGGAGGACAUGACUAUGAAGGCCUAUCUUAUCGUUGUGGAAGUCCGUUUAUCGUCAUUGACUUGAUAAAUUAUCGAUCAAUUGACAUUGAUUCAGGACUUCAAACCGCGUGGGUUCAGGCCGGUGCUACUAUUGGAGAAUUGUACCAUGAAAUAGCUGGUAAAUCACCAGUUCUUGGAUUUCCGGCGGGGCUUUAUCCGAGUGUGGGGGUUGGAGGGCACCUUAGUGGAGGAGGAUUAGGUACCUUGGUUAGAAAGUUUGGACUUGCUGCAGAUAAUAUUGUCGAUGCUACCAUAGUUGACGUAAAUGGGAAAAUCCUCGACAGAAAGGCAAUGGGGGAGGACAUUUUUUGGGCCAUCCGAGGGGGCGGAGGAUCCAGCUUCGGAAUCAUAACUUCUUGGAAAAUCAAGUUGGUUGAAGUUCCAUCCAAGGUGACUGUUUUUACCAUCGGCAAGAUCGGGAAAGAAGCCCAAAAACUUGUCCACAGAUGGCAAUAUAUUGCAGAUAAACUUUCAGAAGAUCUAUUCUUAAGAGUUAUUUUACAAAAUUCCGAUGUGAAUGGAACAAGGACAGUUAAAGCAUCCUUCAACUCAUUAUUUCUUGGAGAAGCAGAUAAACUUAUCCCAUUAAUGUCUAAUGCUUUCCCUGAAUUGGACUUAAAAUCAGAAAACUGCAUUGAAAUGAAUUGGAUUCAAUCCGUCCUCUACUUCGCAGGAUUUAUCAACCAAGAAAAUUUAAAUGUUCUGCUAAAUAGAACCACACUUUUCAAGAGUAAUUUCAAAGGGAAGUCUGAUUUUGUUCAAAAUCCAAUCCCGGAAACUGCAUUUGAUGAAAUAUGGGAAAAAUUUUCAAGAGUAGAAUCAGCAUUUAUGCUGUUGGAUCCAUUUGGUGCAAGAAUGGAUGAAAUACCAGACUAUGAACUUCCAUUUCCUCAUAGAAAAGGGAAUUUAUACAACAUACAGUACUUGGUGAAAUGGCAAAAAGAUGGGAUUGUGGAAAGCGACAGGAACGUAGAAUGGAUUAGAGAUCUGUACGAAUAUAUGACUCCAUUUGUAGCGCAUUCUCCCAGGGCUGCUUACUUCAAUUAUAGAGAUCUUGAUAUAGGGACGAACAUGAAAGAUGAUACCAACUGCUCGAAAGCAAUGAUUUGGGGGACCAAGUAUUUCAAGGGAAACUUCGAGAAAUUGGUGCAAGUGAAGACAAGGAUUGACCCUGAAAACUACUUUAGAAAUGAACAAAGUAUUCCAGUUAUGAAAUAUGCUUGA